AUGCGAUCGCAGGAUGUACCCCUGAGCCGUAACACCUCAGGUGCAAAAGGUCCUCCUGUUGAACUUACACUUCACUCGGUAGCGUCUCGUAUACUUCUGGGCAUAACCCUACCUCUCCUGUUCACACUGACCGUUCUAGUUGUCUAUCAUGUAUGGAGGCGCAUCCAUGGGCGCAGACAAUAUACUACCCAAUUCCCCAAAGUCUAUCCUCACCUUCAGGACUCCGAUGACGUCAUACACCAUUGUCGGUCCAGGUCCGUGGGCCACAUCUGUCAAACCCCGCAUGCCAACGUGCCCUUCUAUGCAAAAAGUCCUACUUAUCGGCCUGUCCGUCGACAUUCCUGCGGCUGGUACGCCUCCACGAGUCCAGCUGAUGCUAGCCUCUGGACCCCCGCCUCCGCCCCGGUCAUGUCCAUGGAGGAGUUGUAUGUGCAACCCAAUGCCCACCUCUUCUUCGGCCAUCCACUCCUUGUCAGCAGGACUCCCCCGUCUGUCCAACGCCAGAGCACAUUGUCUCCCAUAAAGGAACUGAAUGGAGGCGAAGGAUCUGCUGCAAACCAGACGGAUUCAAACGGCUUCCAUUGGUUAAUAAUGGACCUGGGUGCUAUAACAUCGGGGAUAACGGAAAUAAGACUGACCCUUGGCGCGGAAAAGAACGCAUUCGGGGUGGAGGCCAUUGAUGUGUUCACCGCUACGUACCUGCACACCAACCAACUCCACCAGGCCACACAAUCUACGCAUGUAGUAGAUCUUCCCUGGGAUAUGUACGAAUUCUGUAAUAACACGUCGAAUGAAUUUCUCACCCCUUAUGGAGCAGUUGUUCUGUGUUCACCGGCCAAAUCAGGAAAAUGGAUUAUUCUUCGUCGAAAGACAAAAUCCCUCUACGUAUGCCUCCUAGCAAUCUACGUGGAAAGCACAAGCCAUGAAUGCUUUGACGAAGUAGCGGUCUCGCCAGAUGGGUCACCUGCAGUGUCUCCGGGCCGUGUUUUUCGACUGGAACGUCAUGUUACGCAUGGUCAGUGUCGCGAAUCCUGUAUGGAGACGCCGGUCUGCCAGGCCAUUGCAUUUGUACACCGACGCCGGACGGGCAUGUGUUACCUGCUGCAGCAAUUUAACCGAACCGAUGACUCCUCCUCCGCAGACGCCGCCUUCAUUUGCAUGCACGGCAGAAAAUGCAAAAUUGAAGAGAACAUUUGUCACAGAGGUGAGUAG